CGGAGCGGCGCCGUAGUCGGGCCGUGGACGGGCGCAGAGUGACACCGCCGCUGGAUCGGCCCACGAGCAGUGCUGCAGCCAUGAGAACGGCGGUGCAGCAGCUGCUGCUGCUGAUCCUGGUGAUCGGAACAUGCAUCUCGGUGGCGCGAGCGCAGGCGUCCGCCGACCUAGUGUCCUCCGAGAGCACCUUCGUCGUCAUCAAGAGGCCCAACCAGAAGCCCGAGGUGGUACACCUCUCGCCGCCAGCGGCCAGCAAGGGAGCAGCCAGCUCGCCACCGCCGGCAGCAAGCAGCCCAAAACCGGCUGCUACGCCUACCUUUGCCGUAAGCAAGUCAGCCCCACCGGCCCAAUCUCUAGCGAGCCGGGUAGCGCAGGCGGCAAGUGCGGGAAAGACACCCACCGCAACUCUGCAGCCGAGACAAGUCAUCUACGCCAUUCCGGCGCCUGGUCAGCCGGCGGGUACCUACCUGGCACUACCGGGUCCGACGGCCGCUCAUCAGCCACAACCGCAGCAGCCUCCGCUGCAGCCGCUGCCGGCCGCCCAUCAGCCACAGCCAGCUCGACAGGCUCCUCCACCACCCCUGCCGCCGCACAGGCCUCCAAUGUCGCGGCCACCUCCUCGACACACGGCGCCUAGCUCGCCGGGCCAUGGCCGACCUCCGCCGCCACCGAGGUCCCCUCUGCCACCGAGUGCACCGAAUGGUGGACGACAGGGCCCACGGCCUCCGCCAAGGUCUCCGCCGUCGUCGCCGUCAAGUGGACCCCCGCCAGCGCCAAAGCCGAGAAGAAGGCGACCCAAUCGUCCCAAGAGACCGAGGAAGCCGAGCCCAACGUCUCCGAACCCUGAGGGACCGCAGCCUGUAGGUCCACCGCCAUCGCGGACAGGCCCUUCCGCAAGGUCAAAGCCGCCACCGCCAUCCAGAAGGGAACCGUCAGGACCAUCGGCUCCAGCUGAUCCACGGGGCCCGCCACCAGCUGCCUCGGCGAAGGAGCCGCGCAGGAAGCCCCCGCCGAGCCCCCGUGACGCACCAGGUGGCGUGAAGCCACGUCGACGUACCGAUCGUCGAAGAAGACCUCCAGCACCCCCAUCCAGUGAGCCACCCACAGGAUCGCCAGCCCCGGGGGCGGAGUUUGGAUCCCCGUAUGACAGUGCGCCUAGCGGUUCCGAGCCGGGGUAUGCCGAACAUCCCCGCAGAGAGCCCGUUUCACGGGAUAUUCCGCCACACCCGUCAGAUCGGCCUCAAAGAGAGCGACCACAACGGAGAGAGCGCCCGAAGAGCAGUCCAGAGUUCUUCCCGCCUGAGACACGUGAGCCGGAGCUCACUGGAUUCAAAAAGACCGGAAGCGCACCGGAGUUCAGAGAGAAUGUUCAUCGUAGGAGGGAGAUAAGCCACCCAGAACAGCGUCGUGAGCCUCCUUCUUUCAGGGAAGCUCCUACAGAAAGACCCGACAGAGGUACACCGUAUGGAAGUGACUUCACCACUCUCGAUCGAGCCAGAACUAGGACGGAGCUUGAGUUUACACCAUCGGAGGGUGACCAGCGCAGGGUUGAGCUUACGCCGCAGGAAAGCACAAAGUACAGGACUGAGCUUCAGUACAGUCACGGUAGUGGGUCGCCCGCUCGCGAAGAGUUCCCGCCAUUUGAUUCGCACUCGAGAAGGACAGAGUUUUCUCCCAGAGACAGGGAAUACCAGGGACCAGACCUGAUUCCUGUAGACAGAACAUCCAGAGGACGAGAACCAGCUCCCAGAGAAGAGUCGCCUCGCAGACCUCCGGCACAUUACACCCCAACGCACAACGAACGUCGCAGGGAAGAGUUUACGCCAGUGCAUGACGAACAUCGCAGACGGGAAUUUGCCCCAACAGACACGAGACAGUCCAGAACCGAAUUUGACUUUGAACGAUCGCCAACUUCCGAGUUCACGUCGCCAGACAGAUCCGUCGAUCGUGGACUACUGGUUCCUCAGCGAGAGGUUUCACGCAGUCACCCUGAGGUGCCCUCUUAUGAGAACCACCCACACCACAGAGACAGGAGCCACUUCGAACAUCGUAUGCCGGAGCUGCGACCCACUUCCAUUGAGCAGCGACGGUACAUGGAUGAGUUUUCCUCCCCCGCUUCUCAUAGAUCGGAUCGCUCACAUCACGACACUGGUCUGGAGUAUUUCGGACCGGAAAAUACUCAUCACAGCCCUGAGUAUUCGAUGUCCAGCAGUCCUACCCGGAGACACGACACAGUUCCGUUUGACAGUCGGCCACAUAUGACUGAGUUCUCUAGCUCACGCCAUCCGGAAAGGAUGCCCGUGAGUGGUGUGGAACAUGGAGAUCGCACCCGGUACUACUCAGCACAGGAGAGACCAGCGUUUGUGAGUGCUCCUGGUGCUCAGCGACACCCCGAACGGAUGCCGUUUGACAGUGUGGAGCGGCCCCAUUACUUCCCAUCGGAGGACAGGGACCGUCGAACAGACUUUGUCAGCAUGGCUAAUCCACAGCCUUACCCUGGACAGGUCUCAUUUGAAAGUAUGCCAACCGUACAGUCCUACCCGCAUGAUGAUAGACAGAGGACCUAUUAUGUGGUGCCCGGCAUUGUGGAACGUAGGACCGAGCCCCCAACGACUCCUGUGCCUCCGACACCGGCUCCUACCACUCAACCCACCACGCAACCCACCACGACCACACCUGCCACUACUCCCACAACGGUCAGCACCCCUCGGCCCAGGAUCGAACUCAUUUCACCGGUCGGUGACGGAGACAAGCGCAAAGUGAUUUCCUUCGAGAUCCCCGAACUUUCGAAGGAGACACUGGCGUCGAAAAGCAGAACUGAGGUCUUUGAGCUGAGCACUGUGGAUGGAAAAACGAAGUUGGUUCCUGUGGACAAGGAACGACAGAAGGUAGAGGCAGCGGAAAGAGCGAAACAUAGAGUGGCAUCCGGUACGGUAGACAGUGUCAGGAGCAAGGGGAACUCGGUUGAAAAGGAUCACGUGGCUUACAGUGUGGAAGAGAAUAACGGGAAAGGCACGGUGCGCAGCUUGAAGAGGGUUCAGAGCUCGCAGCGUACCCGGGGUAAGGGUGUGCUGCCGAACAUCCCAGGCCUGAACCUCGGAGGUGGCCUCCCGCAGAACCUUGGCGGUGGUCUUCAGCAGAACGUCGGUCAGAACCCACUGGGAGGCCUGCUGAACCAGGGUGUUCAGAAUCCCCUACAGAACCAGCUGCAGGGCCAACUGCCGAAUCAACUACAAGGACAACUGCACAAUCCCCUACAAAACCAACUACAGAAUCCCCUACAGUCCGCUUUCUCCAAUCUGGGACAAGGAGGAUUUAACGGUGGGGUGCCCGGCGUGGGGCAGAAUGCGUUCAACGGAAACAUCCAUGGCCUGGGUCAGAAUGUGCACGGCCUGGGACAGGGUGCUCAAGGGCUUGGACAGAACCUGUUCGGGGGGUUGGGAGGUUUGAAUCAGAACCCGUUCCAGUUUGGCGGCGGCGGCGGCGGCGGUUUUCCUUUCGGUCUCUAGCUGACGGCAAAUGAAAUGGCCUGUGUGAUGUGCGUGUAAGAGCAGCACUCUGUGGUGUGCACGAGCAGCACACUGCAAUAUGUAAGAGCAGCACACUGUGAUGUAUACAGCAGCACACUGUGACGUGUACGGCGUUUUUAUGGUUAUUAUGUGAAUAAACGCGUAUAACGCC